AUGAUCCGCGAAGAUGAACCACCGAAGUUUAACACAAACACCAAUCCUCCAUCCCCCCUCAAUCAACAACCUUAUUUGUUUUCUUCACUCCCAGAUGAAAUCGUUGAGAACAUUCUUGCUCGUAUCUCCAAGUGGGAUUACCCUAAACUCUCUCUCGUCUCCAAGAGAUUCCUCUCUCUCCUCUCUUCUCCUGAACUCUACACGACACGAUCUCGCAUCAGAACCACAGAGCUAUGCAUCUAUAUCUGCACGGGACGUCUAGACCUUGGUUUUAAAUUGUUCGCUCUUUGGACGAAACAUGCUCAUGUCGAAACCUUAACCGAUGAUCUUCCAAUAUAUAACGAAUAUUCGCUGGUUCCCGUUCCUCAUGAAUCUUCUCUCGUACCAUUUAUGGAUCGCGCUAGUGCAGUGGUUGUUGGUUGGGAAAUCUACUUAUUCGGCGCCACGACGUUCUCUGACCCGCCUUCUUCAUCUGUUCGUAUUCUUGAUUGUCGGAGUCACACGUGGCGUGAUGGCCCUAGCAUGUUGGUGGCUCGAAGGUGUCCUUAUGUUGCUUUUCUGGAUGAGAAAAUAUAUGUAUUCGACGGUUGCGGGGAAGAUGAUACUUGGAUGGAAGUGUUGGACUUGAAGACCAAGACUUGGAGCCCCUUGCUUAGACAUAGAGAUGCUGUGCUAGAAGGGGAUUGGUUAAAUACCGUUGCGCUGGAAGGAAAGAUUUACGUAAUUACUCAAACAAACUACUACUAUGCUUAUAACCCAAAAGAAGGUACGUGGGAAGUCGUGGAAAUACACGAUAUUAACACUGACUUGAGAUAUGAAGGAAAAUGGUGUGUGAGUGUGAUAGAGGGUGUAAUGUAUAGUUAUUCAUACCACUCGGGUAAUCUAGUCUGGUAUGAUUCCAAAUGUAAGAAAUGGAUAGACGUCGAGAUCUCGAAUUUUGAACUAUUAAUGUGUAACGGGCGUGUGAUUAAAAUACUCAACCACGGUGGGAAACUUUUAGUUAUGUGGCUCUAUAGGGGUGAGGAAUACGACGGGAUACAGGAAUUGAAAAUUAGGUGCGCAAAAAUCGUCUUAGAGAAGCGCCGUGGAAAUGAGGUUUGGGGUGAGAUAGAAUGGCCUGGUACUGAGUUUAAGAUCCCCCAGUCGUCUGAAAAGUUUAAUGCUCUAGUCAUUUCGAUUUGA